AAACCUCACAAACCCUAAUUUUUGACCUGAAUCGCUUCGUUUCCGAUCGGAGGCGAUGAAUGAAGGCUUGGACAAUGAGGAGGCCGGUUCAGUUGCUCCGCCGACCAGCGCUAGGCAUAUUGGGAAGAGAGCUCGCAAGAACAAAAGCCUCACAGUCUCUUUUGACGAGAAAGAUCUCAAGGAUUUUGUGACUGGUUUUCACAAGAGGAAGAAGAAAAGAAGAAAGGAAGCUCAGAAGCAGCAGGAGGAAGCUUUGAGGCGGAAACGUAUCGAGGCCCGUAAGAAUAGAAAAUUGGAAGAGUUAAUGGUUGCUGGUCAUGGCGAAGAUAAUGAAGAUGGGGAAGCUGAAGAUGAAGGGGAUGCAGAGGAUGAAGAAGCAGAGCCUGAUGCUUCAACGUCUGGCACGACGAUGUAUGAUACAGGCGAGCUGAAAGUAACUGUGACAACAAGCGCGAUAUCUUGUGAAGAGGAAGAGCCUAUUCGCAAGGACAAGACCCAGUCAACAGAAUCGGGUUCCACGGCCAAAGCCUCCACAAAGCAGCCUGUGCCUGUGAGGAAAACCAAACCCAUGAAACAGAGCAGGAAACGGUCAAGCACCAAAACUAUGAAGAAAAGGGAUAAGAAGAAACAAGCAAGAGGGAUAAAGACUCCGCGGUAGGAAUAAAAAUUUCUCUUGUCCUUUAUUUAAAAGAGUUCUGAUGAUUCGGAUAGCUUCUGAUGAUUCGGACUCUCGAGCGUUUGGAUUGUUUCCUGUAGUUGGAAUUGCGGGUAACAAUUGGAUAAUGUUGAGUUUUGUAGUAACAAUCAUAUUUUGUAAUCAAAUCUGUAAUGUUAC